AUGGCACAAGAGUCGAAAGCCGCGGCCCAGGCGCCGCCGCCGCCUCUGCUGGACCUGACCAUCGACAACAUCACGCCCAACACGAUCCGGAUCAACUCGCAGAGUCCCAACGCGCGGCUGACAUACCUGAUGGCGCGGCUGGUGACACACCUGCACGACUUUGCGCGGGAGACACGGCUGAGCACGGAGGAGUGGAUGGCGGCUAUCGAGUUCCUGAUCGGGUGCGGCAAGAUCUGCAGCGAUGAGUUCAUCCUCUUGUCCGACGUGCUGGGCCUCUCGCUCCUGGUAGAUAACAUCAACCACCCCAAACCGCCAGGCGGCACCGAAGGUUCCGUGCUCGGGCCCUUCCACACGCAUGACGCGCCCGUGCUGCCCAACGGCGCGAGCAUGACGUCAGACCCGGAGGGCGAGCCGAUGCUGGCCGUCUGCACGGUGAGGGACACGCAGGGGAACCCGAUCGCCGGCGUGACCAUCGACAUCUGGGAGACGGACAGCUCGGGCCACUACGACGUGCAGCACGCCGACCGCGACGCGCCCAGCGAGCGCUGCGUCAUGGUCAGCGACGAGCAAGGGAGGUUCUGGUUCAAGGGCCUGAAGCCCGUCAGCUACCCGAUCCCGCACGACGGGCCCGUGGGGAAGCUGCUGCAGUUGCUGAACCGGCACUGCUGGCGGCCAGCGCAUGUGCACUUCAUGUUUGGGAAGGAAGGCUGGGAUAAGUUGGUUACUGCGCUGUAUCUCAGGGGCGACCCGUAUGAGACCUCGGACGCCGUUUUCGGUGUGAAGCAGAGUCUCGUGAUUGACCUGGACAAGGUGGACAAGGAGACGGCCAAGGAAUAUGGUGUCGAGGAGGGCACGUGGCUGCUGAAGCAUGACUUUGUGCUUACAACGCAGGAGGAGACGGAGAAGUUGAGAGACCAGCUAGCUACCGAGGCGUUGCAGAAGCUGGGUCUGAGCCUCAAGCUGGUAGACCAUCUCCCAGUGCCUGAUUUAGAUUGA